UGGUAUUACAGAAAAAAGCGGAAGUGAAUCGAUUACAUCCGGGGCUCAAGAAAGUGCCAGAUCACGUGAUAGGGAAUUUUUUUCGGUUGGUGUCUUUAUAAAAUCGGCGCGAAAGUAGUGCAAACUGGCUUGACUGUAUGAUAACCGCACUUCUAUAGAAAGAAAAGCAUUUUUAAGCGCUAAAAGUCCGAACGUGGAAAGCUUUUUCAUCACUAACAGCAAUGCCGAGAAAACCAUUCAGAGAAAAGGUUGCACGAGUAUUCCCGCUGGCACCUUGCUGGAGUGACUGGUAUACCGCUCUUGUACCUGAAGCACACAAUUCAACAGACUACGAGCCACGUGCAAGGGGCCACAACGGUUCUAUUUACAGCAACAUAAGGGGGCGAUUCCGCGAAAAUUACGAUGAUGGUAUCUACGAGCUUGGUUUCUCACUAAAGGGAGAGAAAAUACAAGUGGUAUAUAUUGGUAGUGCUCAUCGAGAUGGCCCCGGUUCGAUAAACGAACGUAUUGAGGAAUACUGCAGGAAUGGCUCUCAUAAGAGUGCGCUAAUCAACAAGGCAAUAAAAGAUGGAUAUACGAUGUUAGUGCGGGCCAAAAACCUCCGUGGAUCAAAAGAGUUUGUAUGGGAUUCUGAAAACAAAUACCUGAAAGAGUACAACUAUGCAUGGAAUCAGAGGAACAACGGUAACAUUAGAAGAAACGUUCCAGCUCGGGGAUGAAGUGAUCAAUACACUGCCAUACGUACAAACUGUAUGUACAAUGAAAGUGAAUGUAUGCACGUAGUAUAGGAUGGUUUUUAUGUAUUAAAUAAUCGUAAUUCGGCAGAAAGAAAUAAGAAAGCAUUAAGUGCGUGGCUAUUAAUGAAGGACAUUGCAUUGUGAAAUAGUAACGAAAAAGGUUCUAAGCUUAUUAAUAAAUAUUGAAUAUUUUUUCAGAU